AUGGCUUCCAUAACCAGAACAAUCACCUUAGAAGAGCAUGUGGCGUUCCCGUCCCUCGGCUCCGACAGUGAGUUCUACGAGGCGAUGUGGAAAGUCUUCCCCAAGGCCCGCGAACAGCUAUGGGACCACGGCUCGAACCGCCUCGCGGACAUGGACGCCAACAACGUGUCUUUCCAGAUCAUGUCGCACAUCCCCGGCAUAGGAGUGUCCAAUAUCGCAGGGUGCCGCGGCGCCAACGACGAGAUGGCAGCAGCUGUCCAAAAGAACCCCAAACGCCUGGGCGGGUUUGCCGUGCUGCCGAUGGCGCACCCCAAAGAGGCAGCAGAGGAGCUCGAGCGUGCUGUCAAGCAUCUCGGCCUCCUGGGCGCGCUGGUCGACAACCAUCUUGAAGACGGAACGCACUACGACGACGAAAAGUUCUGGCCUGUCUUCGAGGCCGCUGAGAGGCUGGAUGUGCCCAUCUACCCGCACCCGACGCCCCAGACGCAGGAGACGGUCGAGAAGUACUAUGCGGGUAAUUAUCCCCCUCAUGUGGCCAUCGCCUUGUCCAGCGGUGCUUGGGGCUGGCAUGAGAACGUCGGCCUGCACUUCCUCAAGCUCUACUCGGCAGGCGUGUUUGACCGGUUUCCCAAGCUGAAACUGAUCCUCGGGCACAUGGGCGAGAUGGUGCCGUAUUACUUGGACCGGGCCAUCAGGCUGCCGCUCUUCAAGAUGAAGCAUGUCAAUAGGUCGCUCAAGGAGGUGUGGGACGAGAAUGUCUGGGUGACAACAAGCAGCAUGUUCAGUCUGAACCCUUUGGCGACUUUGUUGAGGAAUACCAAAAUUGAUAGGAUCAUGUACAGCAUUGAUUAUCCUUUUGAGAAGAUGGAACUUGGCCCGCGAUUUCUUGAGGAGUUGGCUGGCAGCGGAAUGGUUACUCCAGAGGAGCUUGAGAUGAUCACACACAAGAAUGCUGAAAGGCUGCUGAAAUUGUGA